AUGGACGUGCUCGAUCUUUAUGAGUCCGGCGAAUGGUCAGCAGCGAAUUCUCCUUGCUCUGAGCUGUUCGAAGACGUUGACCUGAGCUCUGCUUCUGAUCUGGACGAGAGUUGCACCUAUCUGAACGACAUCGCGAUUGAUUUUGCCUCUUAUCUGGAUCCUGCCACCUUAAGCACCAGUCCCGAAGAUUUGACCAAGUAUUUAGCCCCCCGUAAAGAUAGCAAGCGUAGAGAAGUAGUGGAACCUUAUUUACCCGAAGUAGAUCAAGGAUACGCUCCAGUUAAAGUAGAUUCCAAAGUAAAUUCCCCGAAACCGGCUGUGACCUACAAAUCAACGACUCUGGCGAAAGAAACCGAGCAGAAGUCGACCAGGCUACCUUCUAUCGCCUCGCAACUGAAGGCUCCAAAAUAUCGCCGAGGCUCUUCGUCUUCCAAGAAAGCGUCGAUCGAGAAGGGAAGCGAUGAAUAUCGCUUGAAACGGGAACGCAACAACAUUGCGGUCCGCAAGAGCCGAUUUAAGAGCAAACAAAAGUAUGUGGAGACCCAGCAAAAAGUUGAUGAGCUGCAAGAGGAGAAUUCUCGUCUACAAUCCAAGGUCGAUUUUCUCACUAAAGAGCUCAACGUUCUCCGAAGCCUGUUUUCUACCACCGGUGCCUACAAGGAUCCAGUAGUUAACGCUGCCCUUCUGUCUCAUGGCAUUCCGACUCCUCAUGGUCUUGUCGCCUCUCGUUAGAAUCCCUAACGAAUGGAACUGUCUUUUAAACUGAUUUGUGACGUUAAAAAAAAUGUAGAUCUCUGCAUAUAAUGAUUAUUCGUGUAACAUCACAGCCGAAUAAAUACAGAUUGAUCGCAAUGGAUGUGGUAUUGCUGUUCUCUUCUUCGAACGCCGUAACUGGUAUAGUACUCAAUAUUUUAAUACUCACUUAAGCCAUAGUAAUUAGCCCAAAUUAUACCUUUCUAGAACUAAUUCCUAUACCUUUCUUGAGGGAAAACAAACUCGAAUUUGUCUAUCGAAAAGUUAGUUUCAUUUUCCUUAUCGAGAUGAUCUUUGUACUCUUUUUUUCUCCUUCCUUCCAAAGAUCUCCUAAAGAGCAUGGAAUAUUAAGUAAUGCCGACUUAUUUGCAUUCUGCAAUGUUUAUAAACAUGUUCUUUUGUCAGCGAUAGGACACCUUUCGUUGUUUCGUUCCGGGUCGAACAAAUGCGAAUUUGAGGUUGAACUGUUUAGUCUGACUUGAACUACAGCGUAAUUAGUUGAACAUCUCGUCAAAUGACAGCGGCUUAAUUUAUUCCUGUUUGAAACGGUCUGAAACGCAACUUCUGCUAGAAGAAGAUUGAAAUUUGUCAAGACGCUAAGGCACCACCACCUUUUUAAUAGUCGUAUUAAGUGAUCUGUACCCCAUUGAGAUUUAAAAUUACUUCACCAAGGAACCCACGCUGAAAGUAGACGAAAUGGUAAUAAAUUCUUUCGGGAGCUAAGCCAAUUCACAUCAAGUCAAUAUCUGUGCAUUUUGACAUUGUUUGCAUGAUCCAAGCGACCUUAGGCUAUUGAAUUAGUUUUUUGUUUUGUUUUGUUUUUAAAUAAUCUAACUGUGGUUUGAGGGAGUUCCUUUGCCAAUUCAAGAGCAAAAAGUGAAACUUUUUAUUUAUCAGCAGCAAUGCAGGGUCCAGAACAGAACUAUAAACACUGUAGCUGGUGUUACCAUUAGGAAUCAUUCUUACACAUGAACAGGAAGAAAAAUCAUUGUAUUGUUUUGAAUUUAUGUUCUGAGUGCUUUGAAAUGUCUUGUCCUUUGCCAGCUAUGCAGCAUUUGCAAAAUACUUUCAGCUGAAAAUGUUUCAUCACAGAUGACCAGUCUCUACAGCAAACUAAUUAAUGUCGAGUGCAAGUUCACCCAGUAUUACUCUCCUGGGGGAAGACUCUUUUAUCUGGGGUUAAGCAAAACUGUCUGUCAACAAACAAGGUGUAGAUUUCAGAGUCUUGUAGUGUUAAACAGGGUUUGCAGUAAUGCACCAAUUAGCAUCUGGAAGGGGC